UCUGGUUAAGGGGCGGGCCGGUGUGUUACCCGGAUGAAGAAGCCCACGUGUGUGGUGCAGUGGGUUUUAGUUGAGCUGUGGAAGCCUCGCUUUAACAGUCCUGCUCCUCCAGCGCUUUGCAGACUUCUGUUCCCAGCGACUUUAAGGUCAUAUUCAAGAUGCUGCGCUUGCCCAGUGUAAUGAGACAGAUGAGGCCAGUGUGCAGGGCAUUGGCCCCACACCUCACUCGCUCCUACGCAAAGGAUGUGAAGUUUGGAGCAGAUGCCCGUGCCCUCAUGCUCCAGGGUGUGGACCUGCUGGCAGAUGCAGUGGCUGUUACCAUGGGACCAAAGGGUCGCACAGUCAUCAUUGAGCAGAGCUGGGGCAGCCCCAAGGUCACCAAAGAUGGAGUCACAGUGGCCAAAAGUAUUGACCUGAAGGACAAGUACAAGAACAUCGGAGCCAAGCUGGUGCAGGACGUGGCCAACAAUACCAACGAGGAGGCCGGCGACGGCACCACCACUGCCACUGUGCUGGCACGCGCCAUCGCCAAAGAGGGCUUUGACACAAUCAGCAAAGGCGCCAACCCUGUGGAGAUCCGCCGUGGAGUCAUGCUGGCUGUAGAAACCAUCAUCGAGGAGCUGAAGAAGCUGUCUAAGCCAGUCACCACACCUGAGGAAAUUGCCCAGGUGGCCACUAUUUCUGCCAAUGGAGACACUGAGGUUGGCACAAUCAUCUCCAACGCCAUGAAGAAAGUGGGACGUAAAGGAGUCAUCACUGUAAAGGAUGGCAAAACUCUGCAUGAUGAGCUGGAGAUCAUUGAAGGCCUGAAGUUUGACCGUGGAUACAUCUCCCCCUACUUUAUCAACACAACCAAAGGUCAGAAAUGUGAGUUCCAGGAUGCUUAUAUUCUCCUGAGUGAGAAGAAGAUUUCCAGUGUUCAGAGCAUCGUGCCAGCCUUGGAGAUCGCCAACCAGCACCGCAAGCCCCUCGUCAUUGUGGCUGAAGAUGUUGAUGGAGAGGCCCUCAGUACUCUGGUCCUCAACAGGUUAAAGGUUGGGCUGCAGGUUGUGGCGGUGAAGGCUCCAGGCUUUGGAGACAACAGGAAGAACCAGCUGCAAGAUAUGGCCAUUGCUGCUGGAGGCGCUGUGUUUGGUGAUGAGGCUACAGGUCUUGCUCUCGAGGACAUCCAGGCUCAUGACUUCGGCCGUGUGGGUGAAGUGGUGGUGACCAAGGAUGACACCAUGCUCCUGAAGGGCCGUGGAGACCCAGCCGCCAUUGAGAAGCGUGUGGCUGAGAUAGCCGAGCAGCUGGAGUCCACCACCAGCGACUAUGAGAAGGAGAAGCUGAACGAACGUCUGGCCAAGCUCUCUGAUGGCGUGGCUGUGCUGAAGGUUGGAGGGACGAGUGAUGUGGAGGUGAAUGAGAAGAAAGACAGAGUGACCGAUGCUCUGAACGCCACCCGGGCUGCUGUUGAAGAGGGCAUUGUUCCAGGAGGCGGCCUCGCCCUCCUGCGCUGCAUCCCUGCCCUGGAUACCAUCAAACCCAUCAACGAUGACCAGAAAAUUGGUAUCGACAUCAUUCGCAGAGCACUACGGAUCCCUGCCAUGACCAUUGCUAAGAACGCUGGAGUGGAGGGCUCUCUGGUGGUGGAGAAGAUCCUCCAGAGCAAUGCUGAAAUCGGUUAUGAUGCUCUUAAUGGGGAAUAUGUCAACAUGGUAGAGAGAGGCAUCAUUGACCCUACCAAGGUGGUGAGGACAGCACUGCUGGACGCCGCUGGUGUCGCCUCACUGCUGUCGACCGCCGAGGCUGUGGUUACAGAGAUCCCGAAGGAAGAGAAGGAGAUGCCGGCAGGAAUGGGUGGAAUGGGAGGAAUGGGAGGCAUGGGCGGUAUGGGAUUCUAAACACCACUACCAGAAGUGCUCUAUAGACUUAAAGGUAGGAGGCUGAGGGCAGGAGACAUGACUAGCUCCUUCCCUUAGCAGCCUCCUCACCUGCUGGCUUGUUGGCUGGCUAUCUGACUGACUGACUGCCAAUAAGUGAGUGUAACAUGCAGCAAAGAAACUGAAGACCCCCGUCCUUUGUCCUUCUUUGCGGGAGGCAGAGUAAAAACAUCUUAGGAAAACAUCUUGAAAACGUCUCGGAUCUUGCCUCUCUCCAUUCUGGACUGAAGAAGACCUUUCCUCGUCGUUCUAAAGAAACACAGUAAUCUGACCAGACUCCGACUCUCUGAUUUGCCCAAGCUCAGCGUACUCCUACUGUUCACCGAGUGGUAAAAUUGAAAAUUCAACACGAUUGAAUUUUGAAACUUGUGAGAAUUGGCACAUUUCUGCACUGAAUAAAUACAUGAUGAUAUUUAAUAGCAUCAGUUGGGACUGGAGCAACACACGAGUUGAAAUCUGCCUUUUUUUAAAUGGGGAAACAAGGACUUUGUAACAAGGAACUCUGAGGUAGAUGUUGGCUAAUUCCAUUCUUAUUUGUGUUUGUUCUGUGUUUUUCAUUUUGUAUUCUUGUCCUGUUGUCGUGUUUUUUGUUUAGGCCUCCGCUGUUCUGGAGGAAAAAGCUCAAAUCUUGAAUCCUCAGUUGAGGCGAUUAAACCAUCUCACUGGAGAAUAAA